GGCCCGAAUGCUCGGCGGCUCCGGCGGUCGAGCGAAACAGGCAGCUCCCCACCUCCCCGCCGGCGGCGCCGCCUCCCCGCCCUCCUCUAGCUCGACGCGGGGUUGUCCCUGCGAGGGGUAGGAGGUGGUGCCGCCGCGGGCAGCUGCCGUUGUCGUCGUCGCGCGGCCCCUCGUCCCAGCCUGGGCGGCCUCCCCGCCCGUCCUUCGGCCCGUGCCUGCCGGAGGAAAGCGCCGUGACGACGAGAGGCUUCGGGCCGGGCAGCGAGCGACGGAGGCUGGAAAUGGCGGCUGGAACGAGCUAAGGUCCGGCGGACGGGAACCAGCACCAAGUCGCCCGGGCUUGCUCGCCGCCGGAGGGUCGCCAUGAGGCUGCUCCGGGCGCUGCUGAGGAGCGUCUCCCCCGCCACCAUCCCUCAGCAGGUGGACUUCUAUUGCCGCUUCUCCCCGUCCCCCCUUUCCAUGAAACAGUUCCUCGACUUCGGAUCUGACAAUGCUUGUGAGAAAACGUCAUUUAUGUUUCUAAGGCAAGAGCUGCCCGUACGAUUGGCAAACAUAAUGAAAGAAAUAAGCCUGCUUCCAGACAAUCUUCUGAAAACACCUUCAGUUCAACUUGUUCAGAGCUGGUACGUCCAAAGUCUUCAGGAGAUCCUCGAUUUUAAAGAUAAAAGUGCCGAAGAUUCAGAAGCUAUUUCUAGUUUUACAGAUACUGUGAUAACGAUCCGAAAUCGUCACAACGAUGUCAUUCCUACCAUGGCUCAGGGAGUGAUAGAAUAUAAGGAUCAUUAUGGAGUCGAUCCAGUGACCAGUCAGAACGUGCAGUAUUUCUUAGACCGCUUUUUCAUGAGUCGCAUUUCAAUUAGAAUGCUGCUUAACCAGCACACUAUGUUGUUCGGGGGGAAAGUCAAAGUUAACCCAGCUCACCCGAAACACAUUGGAAGUAUUGACCCGAAGUGCAAUGUCGUUGAAGUUAUAAAAGAUGGCUAUGAAAACGCAAAGAGUCUCUGUGACUUAUAUUACAUGAGCUCUCCAGAGCUUCUACUUGAAGAACGGAAUGUAAAAUCACCAGAGCAACCCAUGCAGGUGGUAUAUGUUCCAUCACACCUCUACUACAUGGUUUUUGAACUUUUCAAGAAUGCAAUGAGGGCUACCAUGGAGCACCAUGCUGAUCGAGGGGUUUACCCUCCAAUUCACGUCCACGUCACAUUAGGCAACGAGGAUUUAACUGUGAAGAUGUGUGAUCGUGGUGGUGGUGUUCCUUUGAGGAAAAUAGAUCGCCUGUUUAAUUAUAUGUAUUCAACUGCACCACGUCCUCGUGUUGAGACGUCACGAGCUACACCUCUGGCUGGAUUUGGUUACGGUUUACCCAUCUCACGUCUUUACGCUCAGUACUUCCAAGGAGAUUUGAAGCUGUAUUCUUUAGAGGGUUAUGGGACAGACGCUGUUAUCUUUAUCAAGGCUUUAUCCACAGAAUCCAUUGAAAGGCUGCCAGUGUAUAACAAAUCAGCUUGGAGACAUUACACAGCAAAUCAUGAAGCAGAUGACUGGUGCGUCCCGAGCAGUGAACCAAAGGACAUGACUACAUUCCGCAGUACAUAGCACUAUAUGGGACAAGCUGAAGAUGCUGUACCACCAGGCUGUGGCAGGGCCGUGUAAACCAGGUUUACUCCAGCAGAGUGCUAAUAUUUUAUUUUAGGGAAGGUAAAACAUCUGCUAAACAGGAACCAGAAUAACAUGGUUUUUCUAGAGUAUCGUGCAUAUUCAUUUGCUUCAGACUUUAUUUUAAGCUGCUUCAUCCAAUCCAUCUGGGGUACAAAUUCUAGUUGAGAUGUACAGAUUUGUACAAAGCUUGUUCACACAUUAUAGUACUAAACUUUCUGAUGAAGUAUUUAGGGGGCUUAGUUUUUAUUUAAAAUAUUACCACUUUGUUAACCCUUCUCUGGCACAGUGCUUUCUUUUCAUGUGCUUCCACAAGUGGCAUACGACGUGGCAGAUAGUACGUAAAAAGAUAACCACUUGUUUUAUUUUUAAAUGUUCCUUGGACUCAAACUGUUCUGUGGUUUUAGUGCUAGAUACCAACCAUCGUUAAACAAGUUCUUAAAUUCCAGUACAUAAUUUGUGCUUGAUCCAGGUUAAAGUGCUUGAGUCCUCUUAAUUUCAGUCGGGUAAUUGAAAAUAUACUUAAAAUCUCACUAAGAUCACUGAAACUAAAAAAAA